AUUCCUUCCUCGCUUUUGGCUAAACUAGCAAAGGGGCAGUUGCGUCAAACGCACCUAAGAUGUUUUCUCGAGAACUCUCGAAUCUUGAGUCAGAACCGACUGAGUUUGCCCAAGACCAAGAAGUCGAGUGAAUGGCCUCGGUUUCUCGGAUUUCGGCGUGACUCAGACUUCCUUUAGGGCCUCGGCGGCCGAAGGAGACUAGCGUAAACAAUUAGGUCGGCCAGACAGUUUCGUUCUCGAAGCGCCUGGGUGAGGUGGCUGCCCCAACCUGCUACCAGCGUCAAUAAGAAAAAAAAAGUGACUGUGGGUCUAAUGACAAGAAAUUGUGUUGUCGAUAAUGACUGUGUUUUAUAAGUUUACUAGAUAAUACGAUAUCAUUUGAUUAUGAGACGACUUUGACGUUAGUUCCGUCAGCAGUGGAAAGGUAACAGAGAAUCUCUGACAAAAAUUGAGUGAUUUUCCACCAAACGCUAUUUAGUACUAUGGAGCUCGGACAUCUCUGGGUUGUCUUUGUUCUCUUCGCCUGUCAGGUGUCGAGGACAUACGGCAUCACGACGAAAACACCUGUUGAGAACAACCCUUCAGGUGACCACACAGAAGGCUACGACGAUCUCCAGCUACCAGAAACGACUCUGAGGUCGGACACCUCGGAAAACCUCUUGGGUUGCGAACACCUCUCGGUCAAAGGGAUAAGCCGCCAGAAUACAAGGAUCAGGGAGAUCAAGGGCAAAGAUUACACGUUCUUCGUCCACCCGAGGGAGGACUUCGUCAGACUUACCUUCAGGCUACGCCUGCAGAACGUCCUGGACGUCACCGACGUCUUCGAUACGCAGGAGACGGUCGAGAUCCACAGGUCCGACCUGGAAGACGUGGGCGGGAACUGGGUGAAGGUGGACGUUCAGUAUUACCGCUACGCCCGCACGGGCCCCAACUACCACGCCCUCAGGGUCACGGUGGGAGCAAACACGCAGGAGGUCGCCACGAAGUAUUGGUGGCUCACGCACACCUUCGAAGGGUUCCUCUUGUCCGCCGAAGGAAGUCUUGACUUGAUCUUCAACUGCUCCCCCGACGAGUAUUUUCCCACCUCGGAUUCUUCCCCUCACGCAGCUGCUGCUUCGUCCUCCUCUUGGGUGUGGCUCUUGGCAGGAUGCCUGGUGUCUUUGGCCCUCAUGCUGGUCGCCCUCGGCUGUAUCGUCUCCAGGUUCAGGAAUCACCGUCAGGGACAGCAGGAAACUUCUUCCGCUGCUAAUUCUCUCGUCUACGAAGAAUUCGACGAGGAAAUGCUGGCCAAAAUCCAACAGAAGGUCGAGGCGCUGAGAGAGGGUCGCGCCAGCAAGAACGACGGGAAAUCGUGCGGCAAAAACGACUACUACGUCAUCGAGAUGGCGCCCAUGAAGAGGAACGCCGAAUUCCCGGGCACCCACAGAGAUCGCUACGACCACUACGACCUCCCUCUCUGCAUCAAGAAGCAGCGACACAGCAAGAGGCUGUCUCUCCAGUGGAGCUGCCUGAGAGACGAAAGUCCCUCGGGUGAGAAUCACUACGAGACUCUCUAUCCUCGGGAUUACUCGAUGCCUCUGGGACGCGACGGAGGAGGAGGUGGUGGUUCAGACGCCCGAGACAAAAGUGCAGCUGGGGACGGUCAGAAGAACCGCGUGCACUCUUGGCACGUAGUGGCCACCGGUACUGAUACAGAUGACGACCACGUCUACGAGAACUUGAGGCCGAGUUCGUAGCCAGAUUGGAGGAACAGCAUCGAGUUCGUCGAUUGUAGAAUCUCGAAUAAGAGCUUCGAAUGUGUUGCUCGCUUGUAGAUAUGUAAUUAGUUGUUUUAUAUUUGCCUUGAAGCUCAUUUAUGUAAGUACCCAAUGUAAAUGUGUGGCCUUGUAUAUCCGCACUUGUCCCUGACUCUAACGCUGAACUGGCUUUCAUUCUUACAGGGAUAUUCAGUUUCAAAUGCUCUCAAUCAAUAUGCUGCUUCAAACACGGAUAUGGCUUUUAUAGCACAAUCAAAAUAAAGUACAAAUUUAAGGUUAACUGGUGAAAUAUGAAUGA